CGACCAUCCUUCACGACGUUUGGCUCUGAAAUUACGUACCAAUUCAUCAUUUCCGACAUCUCCUACCCCGUUGAUAUGCAAAGCCAAAGGGUCUAAGACCCAUCACGCAAGUACUAGAUUAGGGAAAGAAGAAGUACAAGAUUAAAUAACACAGCAAAUCAGAAUACUGAAACAUUUCCUGAAAAUCAGGCUGAACAAUAUAUCAGGUUGAAGAAAGACAAAGACGGUUUUGUUGUAAGAUAUAUAGAUGAUACAAUUGGAAAAGGGGUGUUUGCUGAAAGAUCUUUUAGCAAAGGUGAAUUUCUUUUGGAAUAUGAUGGGGAUCUUGUUUCGAACAAAGAGGGAACUAGGAGAUUGGAGGAACACAGCAAUACCUUUGGCUGCUAUGUGUUUUUUUUCAAGUAUGGAGGCAAAAGUUUAAGCAUAGAUGCUACUUUUUCUAAACAAAUGGGAAGGUUUGUUAAUGAUGGAGUUGGAGCAGAUGAGAAUGCUUUAAUGAAAAGAAUUGUUGUGGAUGGGAGCCCACAUUUAGUUUUAUUUGCCAGAAGGGAUAUAUAUAUAGGAGAUGAAAUCAGAUAUGACUAUGGUGAUGUUAGUCGAAACCUCCCAUGGAGAAAGAGACCACUAACAGAUGAAAAAAAAAAUACGACAUUGAAAGAAUGUUGUGUUUCAAUAAGAAGACUGGAGAUUAAAGAUGAUAGUCAUAAAGUGGCAUGCAAUAGAGAGGCAUAUUCUGACAGUGAUAGUGAUAUUGAGAACUUGACAAGGAAACAUAGAGUUUUGAAACUACCAUCUGAUGAUGAAGAUGAGGAGAAACAAGAAUUAGACCUAAGUAAUGAGAAUAAACAAGUAUUGAAUCAACCACCAGAAGAUGAGGAAGUUGGUAGUAAUAUUGGGGUUAGAGAAGUUUUGAUACAACCAUUAGAAGAUGAGGAAGAGGGCAGUAAUAUUGAGGUUGAAGAAGAAAAAUCUGAAGGGGAAACUGAAAAGCUAUUUGUAUGUGCCCUAUGUGAUAAAAAACUAAGAAGUAGAGAAUCAUUUCUGAGCCAUAUGGGUGUGCAUUUCACUGAUAAUGUAAAGAGAAUGCUACCCAAAUCAAAUGAUACUACAGAACACAUACCUGCUCAAAUUGAAAUGAAUAGUCAAGAGACAGCCAGUUGCAGUGAAGGACCAAAAAAGGAUAGAGGCCCACCACUUAAAUCCUCUAUGGUUGGUUUAGAUGCAGGAGAUGUCAGGCAAAAUGAAAGUUACAGUAAAGAUGGAGAUAAUAUUGAAAGAAUAUCACCUGCAUUCAAUGAUACUUCAAUACGCAUACCUGCACAAAAUAAGAUGAAUUGUCAGGAGACAGCCAGUUGCAGUGAAGGACCAAAGAAAGCUAGAGGCAGACCAGUGAAAUCAUCUACUGGAGAAAAAAGCAAAUCAACAAGGUCAAAACCUUACAGACCCUGCCCUUUCUGUGGUCUCCUUAUGGCUAGAUUGUCCAAUCACAUCCUUCGCAAACACAAAGAUAUUCCUGAGGUCAAAGUUUUAAAAAGGCUGCCCCAUCAAGAUCAAGUAAAGCAAAUGGCUAACCUGAGGAAAGAAGGUAUUUGGAAAGCUAAUUUAGACCAGGUGAAAAAAAUGGAGGAUGAAGGAUCUCAAGCAGAAGUAAAAUAUUUUAAAGAGAGGGAGCAUGGAGCAGGUCAACUUGCUUACUGUUCUUUAUGUAAAGGUUUUUUAACAAAGUCUUACUAUAAGAGACACAGAUCCACAUGCACUGCAGUUGAAUCUACAACAACUACAGCGAAAGCCUUAGAUCCAGUGCAUAUUGCAUCUCCAAAGUUUACUUCUUCAUUUAACUUUGAUGUUCUAGCAAAAUUCCAUAAUUCUGAGGUAGGAAAUUUAUGUAGAACAGACAAUCUUAUAACAUCAUUUGGGCUGCAGAUGUAUAGAAAUGUGGAGGCUAAGAAAAGUAAAAAAGAAGAAAAAAGAAAAUCAGUUAUGUCAGAUAUGAGGAGACUGGCACAUUUAUUGUUAGAAUUUAGAAAACAAUGUGAGAUAAAUGGUGAUGCUGAGGCUAAAUCAGCUGUAAACAUGUUUGACAGAGGCAAUUUUCAUUCGUUGGAGUCAUCCAUUUUAGCCCUAACAAUAAAUGAAGAAACUGGGCACACAAAAGCAGGGCUAAAAAUCGGAUAUGGCUAUCUCAUAAAGAGAGUUAUCAAAUAUCUCACUGGAGAAUUUCUCAUCCAAAAAAAAGAUGCUGAAGUUGAUGAGAUUAAGCGCUUCGGAGAUCUAUUGGAAUUUUGCUGGCCAGGUAUAUUUGGGGAUGCAGAAUAUAAAAUAACUGUACUAAGACAGAAAGAAUUGAGGAUGCCAUCUCGCCUUCCAGAUGAGGAUGAUGUUAAGAUGUUGAAAGAAUGGCUGGAAAAUAAAAUUAAAGACAUUAAAACGAAAUUCCAAUUUAUAACUUCUAAUGAAUAUGCUGAGAUUAGAGAUUUACUUGUAUGCAGAUUAACACUAUUUAAUGCUCGAAGAGGAGGCGAACCUGCUAGGCUUUUACUAUCAGAAUGGGAUGAUGCAGAAAAUGGGGUCUGGUUUUCGCAAGAUUCAGUGGAAAAGGUGGAGGACCCCAUUGAGCAAAAAUUAUUAUGUGAAUUAAAGAUUGCAUACCAAGCAGGAAAAAGAAAGCUUGUGUCACUGUUAAUACCCCAGGAUUGUUGGGAUGCCAUUAGAAUCCUUGCAGAUGAAAAAGUUCGAGAUGAUGCCGGCAUUGGGAAAGGAAAUAAAUUUUUAUUUCCCACAACUGCUGGUAAAGAUGAACAUGUAAUUGGAUGGAGUUGUGUAAAAAAAUGUUGCAAAAAAGCCAGACUUAGCAAGGACAUCACUGCUACUGAUAUGCGACACAGGGCUGCAACUUUAUAUGCUGCAAUGGACAUCCCAGAAAAAGAGCGCCGAUUAUUUUAUUUACACAUGGGGCACAGUGCAGACAUGAAUAGAGAUGUAUACCAGUGCCCUGAAUCCGUGAGGAUAACAACAUCUGUUGGGAAAGCUCUUCAAUGUUUAGACAGGGCAGGAAACAUGAAAGCUUCCUCAUCAAAAGUUGCAGAGACUGGUCCAAAAAAUCCAGAAAUUACCUUCUCUCUUAAAGACUUUUUGAAUGAACUGGUGGAUGAUAAUGUUGCAGUAAGGGCAAUAUCAGGAAAAGGAUUGAUAGAGGAAGAUGAAGUAGAACAAAGACCAGAAAAAAUAAGAGCUGCAAGCUGCAUGAAAGAUCUGAUGCUACAAGAUGCAGCAAAAGAAUACUUCACAGAUGAUGCUUGGCUGGCAGCUGAAUCAGUUUUUGAUUUACUUCCAGACUGUAGUGAUGAUGAAUCUGAGAGAUCCCACAUGAUUUUAAAUACAACAGAUGUAAGUGAUAUAAGAGAUUGUGAAGAUGAACCAUGUUCUUCAAAUGAUUCUAUGAUAUCUGGUGAUACAGAGGAGCAAGUAGAGAGAAGAACAAACAAAAGGAAAAGUUCAACAUAUGAUGAUAACAAGGCUGCAAAACUUCAGAAAGUUCCAACUAAACCUGAGGCAGAAAAAGGAACAAAAAGAAAAUAUAAAUUAUGGACUGAAGAGAAUACUAAAGUAGUGGAUGUUUAUUUUAAGAGAUACAUUACAGAUACAUCUAGCUUGGACAACAAAGGGUCAUUGCCAGGAUCAAAAGAUGUAAGAGAGUUUCUUCAGAAGCAUCCAAUCCUUCAAGAUAUUGAAAUUAAAAAAAGGAUAACAGCCAUCAAGACAAAAAUCUUCAAUGAUAGAAAAGUAUACAGAGAAAAAAUUUCAAAGAAACUUAAGAAAACCCUCCAAAGUAUGUGAGCAUUCUGAAUAUCAUGCAUUCCAUAUAAUAGAUUGACUUGUAAUAGGCCUCUUAAUCUGUAAUCAUCCUCAUCUCUCCACCAACAGCCAGUAUCAUGUAAACUUAAUCUGCAUCAUCAUCUCUCCACCAACAGCCAGUCUUAUGUAAACUGAAUCGGCAUCAACAUCUCUCCACCAACAGCUAGUCUUAUGUAAACUGAAUCGGCAUCAUCAUCUAUCUACCAACAGUCAGUCUUAUGUUAACUGAAUCGGCAUUCUCAUCUCUCCACCAACAGCCAGUCUUAUGUUAACUGAAUCGGCAUCAACAUCUCUCCACCAACAGCUAGUCUUAUGUUAACUGAAACAGCAUCAACAUCUCUCCACCAACAGCCAGUCUUAUGUAAACUGAAACAGCAUCCUCAUCUCUCCACCAACAGCCAGUCUUAUGUAAACUGAAUCGACAUCAUCAUCUAUCCACCAAAAGCAAGUCUUAUGUCAACUGAAUCGGCAUCAACAUCUCUCUACCAACAGCCAGUCUUAUGUAAACUGAAUCGACAUCAUCAUCUAUCCACCAAAAG